CACACACACACACACACACACACACACACACAUAAACACCAAGGCUGAAUGCCAGCAGCUCCAUCAAGCAGUGUCCAUGUGUAUUAGAUAAGUGAUCACAGCUUUGUGUCGGGCUGCGCAGCACCAACACACACUAAUGGAUUGUGGACCUCCGCUCUCUCUGUCACUCCUCUUAAGGGUCUUUAUGAUUUCUGCCACAGCAUCAGCAGUCAACCUUGAAGGAGAACUUUUCAAGGACUUGAUGAAAGGCUACAACAAGAACGUGCGACCCAUGGAGAAGAGUGGUGACAUCUCUAAGGUCGACAUCAAGAUGACGCUCACCAACCUCAUCUCUCUGAACGAGAAGGAGGAGGCCCUGACGACCAGCGUCUGGAUAGAAAUGCAAUGGUGUGACCAUAGACUUAGAUGGGACCAGCCGCCCAGGUCAGCUCUGUAUGGGAACAUCACGUCUCAGUUACGGGUCCCCUCUAAGAGCAUCUGGCUGCCAGACGUCAUCCUGGAGAACAAUGUGGAUGGACAGUUCGAGGUAGCGCUCUACUGCAAUGCCCUGGUGUCUCCCGACGGCUGUGUGUACUGGCUGCCUCCUGCCAUCUACCGCAGCGCUUGUUCCAUCACUGUCAACUACUUUCCCUUCGACUGGCAGAACUGCACCAUGAUCUUCCGCUCUCAGACGUACAGCGCCAACGAGAUCGAACUGGUUCUCAAAGAAGAAGACAACCACACGCUGGAGUGGGUGGAUAUUGACCCAGAGGCUUUCACAGAAAACGGAGAGUGGGCCAUCAAACACCGGCCGGCUAAGAAAGUGAUCAACAGCCAGUUCACAAAAGAUGAGCUGGAGUACCAGGAGGUGGUCUUCUUCCUCGUCAUCCAGAGGAAACCCAUCUUCUACAUCAUCAAUUACAUUGUUCCCUGUGUGCUCUUCUCCUCUCUCUGCCUCCUCGUCUUCUACUUACCUGCCAAAGCUGGUGGUCAGAAGUGCACCAUGUCUAUCGCCACUCUUCUCGGCCAGACUGUGUUCCUCUUCCUCAUCGGUAAGAAGGUCCCAGAGACUUCAAAGGCGGUGCCUCUUAUUGGAAAGUAUUUGAUGUUUGUGAUGUCAGUGACCACCAUGGUGGUGAUGAACUGUGUGAUCGUCCUCAACGUCUCUCUGAGAACCCCGAACACUCACAUAUUGACGGACAAUGUCCGAAAGAUCCUACUGAACAUCCUGCCUCGGCUGCUGAGAAUGCAGAUGAAACCCUGGACACCUAACAAUGACAAAACGUCAGAAACAGUUGGAAAUGGAAACAAUCAGGAUACAAACACCUUAUUUAUGGUCAACUGCCGACGCCGCAGCUCCAUGACCCUCAUCACCAAGGCGGAGGAAUACACGAUGAAAACAGCUCGCUCUGAACUCAUGUUUGCCAGACUCAAAGAAAGAAACGGAAUGGUGAAAACAGUGUUGGAGAGGCUUAACAGCGGACUGGAGGGCGGCACAGCUGAGCAGAUCAGUGCCAGCCUGGCCAGAGCGUCUCCACAGCUGAGGCAGUGUGUGGCCUCCUGCAAACACAUCGCUGAGACUGCGAGGCAACAGAACAGCUUCCAGAAUGAGAAUGAAGAGUGGUUCCUGGUUGCCCGGGUGAUCGACAGGGCCUGCUUUAUCGUCAUGGCCUCUUUGUUUUUUAUCGGCACUAUUGGGAUCUUCCUGAUGGGUCAUUUCAACCAGCCUCCCCUCUCACCGUUCCCCGGGGAUCCCAAGAGGUAUCUCCCUCCCAUGAACAAUCUCACAGAUCCAACCCAGAGCGGGACUGGGGCAGAGUUUUUGGGUUGACACAGAAGUAAAUUCACCAAAUUGUAAUCCCCUUAUCUGAUGUGGAAAUCAGGCUUCGUCUGUCAGUGAUCUUUCACUAAUGAGUGCAGAAAGGAGAGAUGAUACAGCUGUGUGUGAUGUGGAUCUUUGGAUUAUCACAAAAAUGCUUGUCGGUGGCGAUAAAGGAUCUUCUGCACAAUUGCAUGUAUACCACGUUUGCUCUGUGAUGACACCUUUUAACCUUUCACAAAUCUGCUGUGACUGAUUGUUGAGGUUGAGAAUAAUUUGCAUAAAAUUCUGGAUAGGAAAAAAAGAGACAUUUCCAAACGCCUUCUAUUAUCUAUUCAAUCCAAAUGAUUACUACAAAAGACAUCAGUUGAUCACACAGGGUACAAAUAAACUUUUUUUUAAAUUAAAGUGCUACAGUAAUCUUUUCAUUUCAUUCUCUAAAGAAUGUCUUAAUCAUCCUAGUGUUAAAAAAAAACUAACACUUUAUGAAAGAAGGCUUGGAGGUUAUAGAGAGAAAGUGCUGGUAAUGGUCAAUAAAGGACUAAAGUUGACAUGGGUGGGGGGGAGACUUUGAUAAGAUCACAAAGAUUAGCAGUCCACAUGUUUGUUUUUUUACGUUUCUGUCUUAUGUCGAUACUGUAACAUCUGGAUUACCUCAGUUGUUAUUAUUAUAGUUGUAUUCACUUGCCUAUUCUUUUGAUGGAACACUGUUUUUGCUGCCAAACUGACCAUUUUGUUCAUAUGUAAUGAUUGAUAUGACUGAAAAUACUCCAA